UGUCAUUAUGAAUACAGAAUGUAUAGCAGACCUUUACAUUUUAGCGCACACAAAGAACACACUUCACACUUCCAUCGCAAAGACAAGACACAAAACGCUCAGCACGAACCGCAAAAUCUGGAAAAACUGAGAAAUCCGGAAGGAAGACCGCCAAAAAGGCGAAGUCUAUAGAUAGCGGAUAUGACGAUGAUGUAAGCAGACGGACAACGGCGAGCAGACAGUCACUUCCGACAGGCCCUGUCAUAGGAGCAUCAAGAACUUUUCAAGGAAAAUUUUAUGAUCCAGUUACAAAGCAAGUUAUGUUGUACGACAUUGGAACAAGACCUGGUCAAAGGAUUCCCGCCGGAAAUAUGGAACCCUUGUAUAAACCUCCCACUGCAGAGACGUCAGAUAAGAAAAUGACUCCUAAAUCUUCCAACAAAAACGAGCCGGGCUCCAAACCAGGAACAAAGGGAAGCAAGCGAAGCACGACAAGUCAACAGAGUCACCAUAGUGUACCUAAGGCGGCCGUGCUAGGGGCGGUUUUUAUCUCAAACUUACUCAGUAAAAAUAAAGCGAACAAAGAGGCACUGGAGGCGGGAUAUAGCGAUGACGAAGAUAAUUAGUGCAAAGGCGGAGUUAGAGAAGGGCGGAUUUAAAGAUGUGAUUGUGUGGAAUCAGAGCUGUAUAUAGGCAGAUACACAGAUGUGCAUGUGUAGAUUCACGGAUGCGACAAGUGUCAGAUGUUGGAUUUCAGAGCAGAGAUAAUGUAAAUCAUAACAAUAAUUUUAUUCACAGCUGUUCAUAUGUUCAGCUGUUGCCUGAAGUCGUCUGAUAGAAAGUAAAUGCAUCAUUGCAAUCACAUUCAUACCUAUGUUCCAACGGGGUAUUUUUCUUAAGAUAUGCUGCUAACCGAAAUAUAGCU